AUGCCUCCGCCGCACUACCGCUCGGAGCAGGCGCUUCCCUGGUACUGCAAGAGCUGCUGCGGGCCCUCGGGGAGAUCGUGGUGGAAUCAUGCAGAGGCUCGGCAGUGUGCGAAGUGCAAGCUCGGCAAGGGACUGGUCUUCCACGGAGUACGCAAGCCGUCCGCCCCCUCCCAGCGGAGGAAGGGUUACCUGGGCGGCGGUGGCAACGGCUACUGGGAUGACUCCGUCAGGGUGGCCCAGCUCAAGUCCGAGCUCGCGGCGGCUCGCAAGCGGCUGGCAGCUGUGCAGAGGCCGCCGCCUGGCGGGGAGGACGUGCAGAUGGAGCCCGCUGCGGACGGGGACGCCCCCGAGUCCGUUGCCAAGGACAGGCUGCGCGAGGUCGGCGACCUCAUCGGCAAGCUCAAGGGCAUCGCGGAGCCGUCGGUCGUUGCCACGCGCGACAAGCUGCUGGCGGAGCAGGCCGAGCUGCGGGCCAAGGUGGCGGAGUCUCGACCGCUCGGGCAGCGCUUGCGCGAGAUGGGGGCUCAGUUCACCAGGCAGCAGAAGCUGCGGGACGACCAGCAGACUAAGCUGGAAGGACUGCAGGCGCAGAUACGUGACUUGCAGGAGAAGGAGCGGAUCACUCGUGACAAGCUGGCGGCCAUCGACGCUAGCAUGGAGGAGCUGGACCAGGAGCGCAAGAAGCUUCAAGGGCAGGUUCCUACGCCAGGUGACAAGGCAUCGCUUGACGAGCCGAUCAAGGGGGUCGGCGCCACGAUCGAAGGCCUUGGUAUCUUGCUCCAGAGCCUGGGCGCCGAUCACCAGCUGUCGGGCAGCCUCACGGCGAGUUUUCAGGAGUUGCAGAGGUUGCAGGUGGAGGAGGCUGCGAAGCUGGCAGCCCAGAAGGCGCAGGCCGCUGCUGAGGCCGAGGCUAGUGCCAAUGUUGAGCAGGCCGAGCAGCAGGACACUGCAGCAGCCCCUCGCACACCACAGCCAGCAGUCUUCUCUGAUGACCCCGAGUUCAUGGAGGAGGUCGUCGCUGCUGGUGGCGAAAAGCACAGGCUGGAGGAGAUCUUCAUGCGAUGGGGCGCCAAGGCUGAGGGCGAGGCCUUGGCGAAGUUACAGAAUAAGGUACGAGCUGCUGGGUACCAUGGAAUAUGGGAGCCUGCCUUACCAGGGCAGGGAGCUGGCAGCAGAGGCGGGGUCGCGGUGUUGGCCCCGUUGCGGGUGGUCAUCACCAAACCCCCAGGCCUUGACAGUCACGUGCUUCAUGAUGGCAGGAUGAUGGCGGCCCACGUUCACGCCGGGGUGAAGGGCGGCUUUGUCAUGUUGUCGUGCUACUUCGUCGUCGACGUGAAGCUGUCGCCUGAGAAUCUAGCCAUGCUGUACAAGCUGUACCAGUACGUCAGGUCGCUGGAGGCGAUGGGCGUCCCGUGGAUUGUCGGAGGUGAUUUCAACAUGGAGGUGGGCGAGCUAGGCCCGUUGUCCUGGCUCCAGUCGGCCAAUGGGGUGGUGAUGGCGCCGAGGGAGCCAACGUGUCUUCAGAGCCUUCCUGGCCGCACCAUUGACAUGUUCAUGGUCUCCUGCCGUUUGCUACCUCGCGUUCGGCAACCGGUGGUGGUUGACGCGGAGACGUGGCCGCAUCUGCCCGUGACCAUGGAGCUCUCCGCCACGGCCUUCGACGCGAAGGUCAGGAGGCUAGUCGAGCCUCGCGGCAUUCGUAGCCCGCCUGCGUCGGGGUGUGCGAGGUUUCCCCCCGACUGGGACCCGAUCAUGGUGGUCAUCCAGAGCGCGACCGACAGCGAGGGCAUCACCAGGGCCUGGGACGUCGUGCUCAGCGGCAUCGAGUUUGAGCUGCAGGGCCGCUACGACCUUGUGAAUGAGGCGGCGGAGUACUCCACGGUGCCAGGCCCCCCGACCUUCGAGCUGGUGAGCUUUCACCCUGUGGUGAAAGGAGCCUGGAGCAGGAGGUCGGCUGCCACCCAGGCCUGGGCGCAGGCUGCGCGCUGGGCUCGUCACCUCAGGCGAGUUCGAGUGGCAUUGCAGAGUUUCGUGCUCCAGCUUGGUCCGCAGCAUGACUUCGAGCUCGGCAGCGUCGGCGUGGUGCAUGACGAUGGAGUGCCUGGCCUGGUCGAUGGUGCACCCCCUGCCGCGGAGGUCGUCGGAGUGGCUGGUCUCUCCUCCGAUGGUGGUUGGCCUCGGUCGAGAGCGCAGCGACACCAGCCCCUGCGUCGUGCAGGCGAGGACCCAUCGUGGGACGCCGUACACUCCAAGGCGGCGCGCCACCUGCUGGAGUGCGAGAAUUUCUUCCAGAGAAUUUGGCGGAGGAAGGGAGUCUGGCCGCACCUGGACGCCGAGGCCGUCGGUUUCUUCUCGCGUGGCAUGCUGGUCUUAGCGCAAGCAGACUUCGAGCAGCAGGUCGACCGCAUCCUGAAUAUCUCCUCUGAUGCAGAGGCCAAGCAUGAGAAGGCCGCGUCGCAGAGCUGGAGACAGUGGGCGCAGGCGGCUUUUGUGGCUGGCGCUAGGGGAGCUCACCGCUUCCUGAAGCCCAAGGCCCUCCAGGAGAUCGUGGACGGAGGUGUCGGGCAGGUCAACAUCGCGCCCAGGGCCAUGGAGCACCUCUCCCGCGGGGCGCUGACGGCCAUGGCGCGCCUCUUCGAGCAGUGUGAGUACCUGCUAUUGUGGCCAGUCCAGCCCAAGGACUUGGUGGAUGUUGUCGCGCUGUGUUGGGUUGGCAACGACCCGCGUGGAGUGCGGGAGAUGGCCACUGCUACUCGUGCGUUCUGCAGGGCUGUUAGGCCCCUCGGACUGGUGCUGCAAAUGGAUAAGUCUGGUCACCUCACGACGUCCAGGCGUACCAGCUACCACUUCCAGAAGUACGCCAGGCUGCUGAAGAUCUCUGGCAAGAGGCACAUGCGGUACCUUGGGCACGAUUUAGCUGGGUCAUCUGCCACCAGAGCCGUGCAGAAGGAUCGCCUGAAGUCCAUGCACGGCAAGAAGGCCAGCGUCCGUGCCUUGCAGAAGGGAGCAGGGCGACAGCGAGCGGCUCGGCUUUGGGCCACGGGUGCGUUGCCAUCCGUGGGGCACGGAGCCACGGUCAGCGGCAUCAGCGACAGGGAGCUGCAGCAGAUGAGGAGCAUGGCCGGCGUCUUCUGCGGCUACAGGGGGUCGGGCUCCCUGACGCUGUACCUGGCCGCGCAGAAGUGGAACUUCGACCCCAUUUUCCACGCUACCUGCAGCAUCGUGGGGCAGUACGCGGCGUGGGUGUGGGAUGGGCGUGUGACGCUCUCCCGCCUGCAGCGUGCCUGGAUGUGCUUGCGCGACUCCUGGGAUGUACGCGACACUCACGUCACUUGGGCCAGUGCACAGGGCCCGCUGUCGGCGAUGUGGUUGUCGCUCAGGAGAGUCAACUGGAACAUGGCCAGCUCCACUAUCUUGGUUGAUGAUGAGGGCCUGCACAUCAGUCUGUUGCAGUAUUGUCCCAGUGAGGUGCUGUUCUUCCAGCAUCGCAGCCUGGACCGUUGGCAGAGCCACCGCAUCCUCGACCAGCUUCCUGAGGCGCCCCCAGCCGAUGGUGCAGGCAGGCGGCAGCACGUGUGGCUUCGUGCGCUUCGGCUGGGCCACGCCUCUUUGGCGCCUGGGCACAGAGGGGCGCUGGCCAAGCUGCAGUCCAACGGCUUCUGGUCGCCGCAGCGCCGCAAGCAGGCUGGCUACAGCGACGAUGGCUCGUGCGAGUUCUGCGGGGAGGCCUACUGCGACCUCGAGCACGAGAUCUUUGGCUGCAAGGUCUUGCAUCAGCAGCAAGAGGACGAGGAGACGGAGCCGUACCCUGAGGACGUCGCCAGGAGGAGGAAGGACAUCCUGGAGGCAGCCCCGUGGCAGGACGGGGGCCAGGUGCAGGACUUCUCGGCCCUGGACGUGCUCUACGCGCUGCCCAUGAGGCCUGCCUUCAGGCCGCUGCCUGCACGCGCUCAGGCUGAGCGUGAGUGGGGGGCGAUCGGCCUGCCGUGGCCGUCGAAGCUGUACGGGGACGGUUCGUGUCUGGAAAGUGACUUCCCUGAGGAGCGGCGCUGCGGAUGGGCCGUUGUGGCCUUGACCCGAGACCUGUGGCCGUACAAAGCUCUGUUCGGGAGCCUGGGGGGCCCCAUCCAGUCGGUGCCGAGGGCCGAGCGGGUGGCUGGUCUCAAGGCCCUGCAAAGGGCCCAGAGGCCAGCCACGUACGUGACCGAUCAUUUGCAGCUGCAGGAGCCCCUGGAGCAUUUGUUCGGCAACAUGUGGGCGGAUGUUUUCGCCAGAGUGGCCGCGGCCGACUUCCUUGGAUCCACCUCCGUGGUCAAGGAGGUCGGGCCAGGACACCAGGUCCAGGCCUUAGAUCGUGUCCUGAUCUGUGUGAAGUGUGGGGCGCACGCUGUGCGCCCCAACCGGCUGUCGUUCGGCCUGUCUCGAGCGUGUAAGAGGGCUGGGACGGGGUCGGCUGGAGCUGGGAGUGGGGGGGACGGAGCCAUCGCAUGGAUGCUCGAGCAGGCUCGCAGGGGCCUGCAUCCCAAGACGGGCGUGCCCCUCGAGCCGCUUGUCUUCUCGGAGCUCGAGGAGCCUGCGAUGCCGCCGCAGGAGCCCGAGCCCGAGGCACAAGGAUGA